AUGCCUCUCCAAUACAGAUCCACAUCGACUCUAGUUGAAGAACAUACAGACGCCAUCAACUGUGUCGCAUUGAGCCCGGAUGGGUUGUUUGUUGCCAGUGGAAGCACCGACAAGCGAAUUGUCGUCUGGUCUCUUUCUUCUGGUCAAGCCAUCCAUCGGCUUGUUACUCAUUCCGCUGUGCUUUCUCUACUUUGGAGAUCUAGCCCUUCACGCAUCAUCUGUGGGACUGCGGAUGGGACGUUGAUCACGGCUGCUUUCAACGAAGAGAAUAUCUACGUCUCUGGCUUUAGUGCACAUUCAAAGCCCAUCGAGUGUUUAUCACUUAGCAAGGGUACCACCGCAUCCCGCCACCUCGCUACGGCAGCACACAAUGUCGUAAAUAUAUGGUCGUCGGUUGAGAACGACACAUAUUGGGACUACGGUGAUACACUCGAUGCACCCCCUUCUACGCCAUACAGCGCAUCACACUCUGUCAUAAUAACAUCAGUUCAGUGGAUGAAUGAUCCCUCUGCCGAUUGUCUUGUCACCGCAUAUCUCCACCACGGGAUAAUAUGCUCGAGACGGGGCACCGGAUCGAUCGAGGUGCUUUGGUCCAUACAUCUACCCCUAUGUGGUGCUUGCAACAUAUCUCCGGCCAAUGAUACGUUGGCAGUAUGCAACAUCACAUCUGGAUUUGACGUAUAUGCGAUUCCAUCUGGCUUACGACGCCUAGUAUUGGAGGUGCCAAGCGAGCCUCCUGGCAUGGCCCUUCCAAUUGUCUACAUACACAAGGGGACCAUGCUUCUCGGAGGAGCAUCCAACGGCAAAGUGCGCUUGUGGGAUGCUCGUAGCGGGGACAUCGUACAGACGCUGCGGUACCAUGGCAAGUUCGAUCCGUUACUCAUCCAAUGUGUUGCGGAAAAUCCCGACACAUUCCUUCUUGCAACGGGAAGCAGUGACCCAGGCGUACCAAAUUCUAUUCAGGUUUGGGAGUUGAGAGAUGUUGCUGAGUGA